CGGCUCUUCUGAAAGGGGCUCUUCAAAGUCAGUCAGAGUCAACAUGUCGUCGUGGGUUGUCUCCACCACCGAGCUGUACGAUUGUGGUGCCAAUGGCACAACAUCCUCACCCACAUCUUCGCGACACACUCGUCUGAUCCUCUUGGUUUGGCACAAUCUGGCCGAAAAGUGCCAAAAAAUUGGAACCUUUUUUAGGCGCGAGACGAACAAACCGCUGCCCAAAGAACUUAGGCGAUCGUUACGUCUUAACAAAUCGGCCAGGCGAAAAGGCUAUCGGAGUUGCGAGAGUGAGGCAGAUAAACGGCUGAUGAAAGAACGUUUGAACGAACCCGUCAACAUAUCCAUACGAAUGGGACCUGCCUACGACUAUAGGCCAUCAAAUUUUUGACCGAUUUUCAAAAGAACACCAGGAGACGGAACUUCGAAUUUGGCCCCCAUGUAAACUCGCUUUGAUGAGCUCUCUUCAGUAGCUAGCUGGCCCCUGCUCUUUAGUACACCCACAAAAAAGUUUAUUGCCCCGCUCACAACAAGUGGACGUGACGUUUCACUCUACCUAUAAGGGUUUAUUAUCUUUUUUACUACAUUUUAAUAAGAAUUAAAUGACGAAACUGUAUCUGAGAAAAUCGCUGUUAUUGUUAAAUAAUUAAAUAAAUGAAAUAAUUUAAAAUAAGUAUACCGCAAUUCUGUGCAUUUUUCUU